CUGGAUAGCACAUCUUUGCGGCUGGUCAAUGAGUUGGAUGGUAUAGAUUGGUCCGCCGAGCAUAUUGACUUGGGCCCGUUCAACGAGGAGCCAGUAGACUUACAUACGUUGGUAUCCGACACUGUGACAGAUCCAAUAGGCCUCAAGGCAGAAGAAAUGUUCUUCGAUCCCGCUUAUGAUCCCAUUGACCUAAUCCCCCAAUUUAGUAUUGACAAAUACCCCGCUCUAACCCUGUCCAGCAGUCCUUGA